AUGAAUGAGAAGAACAACAAAGAAGAGUGCACCCUAUUCUCUUCGCCAACUGAGGAGGUGCAACACGGAGCUACCGUGACUGACGAUGCCGUCUUCGGAGUCAUCUCAGAGGAUGGACCCAACUAUCGCAAUUUGGGAUGGAUGGGAACAUCCAUACUUAUGAUGAAAACGCAAAUCGGACUGGGCGUGUUGUCAAUCCCGUCCGCUUUCGACGCAUUAGGCCUCGUUCCAGGGGUAAUCUGCUUGAUCAUCAUUGCUGUUACCAUGAGUUGGUCCGGUUAUAUGGUCGGUGUCUUUAAGCUGAACCACCGCGAAGUGUAUGGUAUAGAUGACGCGACUGGGCUGAUAUUUGGUCCGAUUGGUCGGGAGAUUCUGGGAAUAGGAUUAUCCCUUUUCUUGAUUUUCUGUGGUGCUUCCGGUAUUUUAGGCCUCUCUAUCGCUUUGAAUGCAGUCUCGAAUCAUGGAGCAUGUACUGCUGUAUUUGUUGCAGUCGCUGCUAUUGUGGUCCUUGGCCUCGCUAGUAUUCGAACCCUGGACCGAAUAAGUGUGCUAGCGUGGGUUGGUCUGGCAUGUAUGCUUACUUCUAUCUUUAUUGUGACGAUUGCCGUGGGAAUUCAAGACCGCCCCGACGCUGCGCCUCCAGGCCCUUGGGUGUCUGACUAUAAGAUUGUGAAUUCUCCAAGUUUCACUGAUGGUAUCUCAGCUAUUUCACAGUUCAUCUUCGCCUACGCUGGCACACCUUUCUUCUUCCCAAUUGUAUCCGAAAUGCGCGAUCCUCGUCACUACGCAAAAUCAUUAACGGUCUGCCAAACUGUUGUGACUGUUACCUACAUUACGAUUGGAACGGUGGUUUAUUAUUUUUGCGGAUCUUAUGUCUCAUCGCCCGCUCUUGGCUCUGCUGGAACGUUGAUCAAACGGAUUGCCUAUGGGAUUUCUCUUCCGGGGCUGUUUGUCACCUCAACUAUCAGCACUCACAUGGCAAGCAAGUACAUUUUCCUUCGCUUCAUGCGAGGGUCUAAGCAUCUUACUGCAAAUACGCUUGCGCACUGGGCGACCUGGCUGGCUUGCGUAUUCGCCGUAAUUGUGGUCGCGUAUAUUAUUGCAAGCGGAAUUCCGAUUUUCGGGAGCCUCAUAUCUUUGGUUGGGGCCCUUCUAGGGACAGUGCAGUGUUUCCAGCCAGCAGGUUGUAUGUGGUUAUAUGAUAAUUGGAGCAAGCGAAAGGAGCAGCGGUCACUUCAAUGGAUAUUUAUGGUAUGCUAUAGCAUAUUCAUGAUCGUGAUUGGCACAUUCUUGAUGGUCGGUGGCACGUACGGUGCAGUGGUUGGAAUCAUUGCCUCUCUGAAGGCUGAUGGAACGUCGGGUACUUGGUCUUGUGCUGAUAACUCUUAG